UAGGGGUGCGUUUGAGGCGGCGAGAGUGGAGGUGCGCAUGCGCUUUGUUGUUCGCCUGGGAGGAGAGGACGGAGGCAGCCCCAGAGCUGAGACUUGCUGCGGUAUUACCAUGGGGAACACCGCCAGUGAGCGGAUGUCCGGGGAGCGCCACGGUUCCAAGUCUCACCGCUCUGAUAGCGCCAGCGGUGCCCACCACACCAAGGACCAUUCGCACAAGAUCAUGGUGGGCAGCACUGACGAUCCAAACGUCUUCACCACCCACGACUCUAAGCUUCCCGGUGAGAAGGAAUUUGUGUCAUGGCAGCCGGAUCUGGAUGACUCCACCAAGCCAUCCCAACAGGCUCGGCCCACUGUCAUCCGCUGGACCGAAGGAGGCAAGGAAGUAUUCAUCUCGGGGUCCUUCAACAAUUGGAGCACUAAGAUCCCUCUCAUUAAAAGCCACAAUGACUUCAUUGCCAUCCUGGACCUGCCGGAAGGAGAGCACCAAUACAAGUUCUUUGUGGAUGGUCAGUGGAUUCACGACCCCACCGAGCCAGUGGUCACGAGUCAGAUGGGGACCAUUAACAACUUGAUUCACGUCAAGAAGUCAGACUUCGAGGUGUUUGAUGCUUUAAAGGUGGACUCACAGGAAAGCUCAGAGUCUUCUUGUCGAGAUCUUUCUGGUUCCCCUCCUGGGAUUUAUAGUCAAGAAAUGUAUGUCUAUCGGCCUGAAGAGCGUUUCAAAUCCCCGCCCAUUCUCCCUCCCCAUCUCCUCCAAGUCAUCCUCAACAAAGAUACCAACAUUUCGUGCGAUCCAGCCCUUUUGCCUGAGCCAAAUCAUGUCAUGCUGAACCAUCUCUACGCACUCUCCAUUAAGGAUGGCGUAAUGGUGCUCAGUGCCACCCAUCGCUACAAGAAGAAAUACGUUACCACCCUCCUAUACAAGCCCAUCUAAACUUCCGGUCUGUCUUCAUCAUUUGUAUGAAGAAGGUGGAGGUAGUUUAGAGACUGCUGUUUUGUGUGCGAGCACGCAAGCGUUAAGACUGGCGCUUGGAUUCCCGGUGGAGUUGAAAGCUCUGUCAGAUGCCAACCUUGUCUUGCUCAUGUGUGACUGAUGAACUUCCCUUCCCUGGUGACUGUUUGUCCCAUAUAACUUGUGCCAUUUAAUUGCACAAGGUUGGUACCAUCCAGGUGUUGGACACAUCAUCCGAUGCACCCUGAAAAUGUGGCUUCCUUGUGAGGACCGUGAGGGAGAAAGAAGCCCUUGAACCUCUCUUCCUUGGUGGCCUGUCCUAGAUGCCCUCUUGCAGUUCUCGCCCCGUGGAGCUCUUUAUGGGAGCAGAAGUGUCAAGGCAGAGAAGGGCAUUUGUUUAUUUCACCUGACCUCACCUGGAUAUACUCCAGCUUCCUGUUUCUCAUCACCACAUGACGGUUAACUGUUAUUACUUUAAGAAGUGCUGUUUUAUAGAUAAUGAUUUAAAAAAAACCCCUCAAGGGCCCUACCUUGAGGUUAAGGGUAUUUUAAUACUUAACAAAUAUAUAUGCAGUGGGAUUCAGCAGGUUCGCACCACUUCGGCAGAACUGGUUGUUAAAAUGGUGCUUGUAAACAAUCAGUUGUUAAAUUAUUUGAAUCCCACCACUGUAUAUAUGGUAUACAGAAUCCACACAUCAUAAGCAAACUGAUGCAAAACACAAAUGCUUACAAUUCAUCGAGUGUGUUCAGUGGCUUUCCACAAAGGCUCAUCGCUUUUCAUCACAGAAAUUUUAGGAUUACCAUCUGCUGCCUGUAUGUAGCAAACCGUAUAUUUGUCUAGGAAAGAUGGAUUCGUUCCUGUGAACUUGGCGCUCUUUGGUUGGCAAUAGGUUCCUGUGUCAGUGGUUUCUUCUAGCCCUCUGCACUCAAUCACAAACCUUUUAAAAAAACCUCCAGCAUAUUUACUGUAGGUAGGUAAAGGGGAAAAGGGAAAAAAACACCUUUUAAAAUCAUUUUUGCAUCUGAAUGUUUCUAUCAGUAAGUUAAAAGAAAUAUGGGAAUGUCACAGUUCACCAGCCUGCCUGCAUUUCUUGAUAAUGUAUGUGAUAGGGCACAACACAUGCUAUCCUGGGCUUAAUUAAUGCUGUGAUGUGGUUUGUGCCGAACCAUCCUUGCUUUUCAAUGGUGUUGACCUGCCGCGUUUUUAACUACACCUUUUAACCUGUGUUAUCUGUCUGAUGCUUUGUAAGAAGCACCCAACUCAAAGAGUAACAUGGACUAGAAUGUUCUUUGAUUGGAGGUAAGAGGGCCACGCCAGAUCCUGCCUCUCGUAGCUGGGAAGAACAAAACUCAGCAUUGUCGCUGGUCAGGACACUGUGGUUGCUAAACGUGGUGAUUCUGCGUGGUAACAUGUGCUGGCGUUUGGUUUGAUCUGGCUUUUUAGUGCACACAUGCCAAGAUGGCCGAAUGCCACGGCAAUCAUUUGAACGUACAUGUUUGGACUUCCACUUUUGUGAGUCUUCGAUCUGUAUCAUAACGGCGUGUUGCGCUUUGUGUGUGUCGUUUAAAUCUAAUUCUGUUC